AUGUUCUCCAGUCCAACCCCAGCGCCAGGAUCGAGAGCAAUAGCGUCAAGAGCUCUUCGUAAAGCGGGGCUCAUCGAACAGGAUGCGCAAAUGAUAGAUGCAACAGACAAACCAGGAGGGCGUAAAGGCUCUUCAAAGAUAAGAUCACAUCGACCUCGGGCAAUUGAUGCAUACAAAGAAGGACCUUCCCGAACGGCCAAUCGCGAAGGCAGUUCUUCAGAAACAUUAUCUAUUCGUGGUGCUUCGCGUCCGACAAUUGUUGGUCGAGUACGGCGCAACGCAGUGUCAAGCAGCUCGGCCGGCCCGUCCCUUAUACCAGUCCGAACACCGAUACGAGGGAAAACCACUGGUGGGGUAGAAGUUUGGAGGAAACUGGUUCAAAAGCGGUGGAAUCCAGACACGCGACUGUUGGAUCUCAGCAACCUCAUGGACGACGACCUGGUCAAGGCCAAUAAACUUCAACCUCCAGGCUACGGCGGCAGUGGCCGUGAAGCAGCAGUUAUCUUUAAGCUAGCCAAAGAGCUCAAACCCGAGGUUCAAUCUCUGGAUUUGUCAAAUAGCAAGUUUGGCGGGGGUGAUCUAGCAUUGCUCGGGCAUUAUUUACCUCAGCUAGCCAACCUAUCUUUACACAAUAAUCAACUCAGGUCGUAUAGGGACCUUGAUUCUCUCGCUGGAAAGAAGGGAAAAUUGAUGUUGUUGAGGGAGUUGAUCCUGACUGGGAACCCUAUAAGAGAGGAGGAGGUGACUAAAGGGAAGGGCGAGCAUUUUACAAGAGAGGUUACAAAGCGGUUUCCUUCACUCUCGGUGUUGGAUGGUCAACGAAUAAGUGCAAUAUCUUUUGACGUGCCACAACCUUCCACUUCUUCAACGCCUGCUGAAAAGCCAUCCUCUACGACAUUUCCCUUUGAGAUGGGUGGUUCUCUGAUCGUUGGCGUUGAACCGGCGUUAAUUACAAACUUUUUGAUGCGAUACUUUUCAUUAUUCGAUACCAAUCGAGCCGCCCUCCAGAGCGUGUAUGAUUCGACAGCGCGAUAUUCGUUUGCUGUCAACACCAGUAUACCUGAGCGAGCACGCACACAGGGUUUGCAUACUCGUUUGCCCAACCAGAAGAAGCUCGAAUGGACUCAAUGGCUGUCAAAUUCCACUGGUGGCUCGCGUAACUUGAUGAGACUUGGGAACUCGGUGGAGAAACAGGAACAGCGGUUAUUUAUUGGUGGACAAGCCAUCGUUAAUUCCUUUCAAGGACUACCGCAAACUAAGCAUGACUUGUCUGGACCUGCGGAGAAGUUUUCAGUGGAUUGCUUCCCAGUCGCUCAUGCGGGGAUUAUGGGAUUGUUGACAAUGGUGCACGGCGAGUUUACUGAAUUACCAGCGGAGGGACUGCGGUCUUUCGAUAGGACAUUUUUGCUAGUUCCUGCCCCUGAUAACUCGCCGUCGAAAAUGGAUGGCUGGAAUGUGGUCAUUGUUUCAGACCAGUUGAUGAUAAGGGCGUAUUCAGGAAGUGAUGCGUGGAAACCCGGACCAAUGGUGGUACAACCAGAGCUACAAGCCUCCCACCGGAACCCUCCGCAACAACAAACUUCUUUACCGACGCAAGGGCAGUCUCAAGCGACUCCAGCGUUACCGCCAGACCAACAGGCUGCACUCGUCACAAUCCCUGAACCUCAACGGUCGCUCGUAGUGCAGGUCUGCGCACGUACUGGGCUAAAUGUCAAAUUCGCUGUGGAUUGCCUGACUGGUAAUUCAUGGGAUCUGGAGAAAGCCGUCAACAAUUUUAACGAAGUAAAGGCAUGUAUAGGUUAA